CGAAUGUGAGCAGAGAAAAAACAAAUUCAGGGAGGAAAUCAUACGAUCUUUGCGUCGUUUUUUUCCUUAGCUGCCCAGAGCUAUCGCACACCACCGCCAGCUUCCCCGGAACCGCUAACUUGGCGCCCGUGCAAAACCUGGGGAAAAGAAACCCAGCACACGCUUAGCGCAAAACGACCGAUUGGGUCGUCGUCCCCGCUAAAAAUGGCAUCAGCGCCCGACGCCGCCAUGGUCGAAAAGGACGCCGGCAAGAGCAGCGGUGAGACCGGCAAGCCCAGCGACGGGCAGGUCGAGAUCCUGCAGGAUGAGACACUACGCGCGGCUGCUGCUCACGGGCAUCUGGCCACCGACAUCUAUGGCAACCCCCUGCUGCAGUUUGACCAAAAGGCCGUCCGCAAGCUCCGCCUCAAGAUGGACCUGUACCUGGUCCCGACCGUGGCGCUGCUGUACCUGUUUUGCUUCAUCGACCGCGCCAACAUUGGAAACGCCAAGAUCGCCGGCCUCGAAAAAGACCUAGGCAUGACCGGCUUCGACUACAACAUGGUGCUGUCCAUCUUCUACAUCUCGUACAUCGUCUUCGAGAUCCCCGCCACGAUACUGUGCAAAUGGAUGGGCCCAGGUUGGUUCCUGCCCGCCACGUCGCUGCUGUUCGGCAUCGUGUCCAUCACCACCGCCUUCUGCCACACGCGCGACCAGCUGGCCGGCGUGCGCUUCCUGCUGGGAAUCUUCGAGGCCGGCAUGCUUCCCGGGAUAGCCUACUACCUGUCGCGCUGGUACCAGCGCGCCGAGCUGACCUUUCGCCUGUCGCUCUACAUGGUCAUGGCGCCCCUGGCCGGCGCGUUCGGCGGCCUGCUGGCCUCGGCCAUCCUGACCCUCGAGAGCUUCGCCGGCGUGCACCAGUGGCGCAUGAUCUUUGCCAUCGAGGGCAUCGUCACCAUCGUGCUGUCCGUCGUCGCCUUUUUUACUCUUACUGACCGCCCCGAGACGGCCCGCUGGAUGACCGAGGAGGAAAAGAUCCUGUGCGCCGCGCGCGUCAAGUCGGAGCGCGUCGGCCAGACCGAGGUGCUGGACCGCAUCGACAAGAAGAAGCUGAUGGCGGGCAUGCUCAACCCCGUCACGCUCGAGAUCGCCGUCGUCUUCCUCUUCAACAACAUCACCGUCGGCGGCCUGGCCUUCUUCCUGCCCACCAUCGUGUCCACCAUCUACCCGGCCUACAGCACGGUGCAGAAGCAGCUCUACAGCGUGCCCCCUUACAUCGUCGGCGCCUUCUUCACCAUCGCCUUCCCGAGCCUGAGCUGGUACCUGGACCGCCGCCAGCUGCUCAUCGCCGCGAGCGCGCCCAUGGUCAUGGCGGGCUACGUCAUGUUCCUGGCCUCCCAGGUCGCCACCGUCCGCUACGCCGCCACCUUCCUCAUCGCCAGCUCCGCCAUGGUGCUGGGCCCCAUGUCAAACGCCCACAUCAGCGCAAACGUCGUCAGCGACACGGCCCGCAGUAGCGCCAUCGGGCUCAACGUCAUGUUUGGCAACGUCGGCGGCCUCAUCUCCACCUGGUCGUUUUUGCCCUGGGACGCCCCCCACUACAAGAUCGGCCACGGCCUGAACCUGGCCGCGUCCAGCAUGAUCCUCAUUGUCGGCCUGGGCGCCUACUUUUGGAUGAAGUGGGACAACAAGCGCCGCGAGGGCCUCGACGUCGAGACGGAGCUGGCCGACAAGACCGAGGCCGAGAUCGAGGAUCUCGACUGGAGGCACCCCGCCUUCAGGUGGCGCCCUUAGGUCGGUGUCGGUAAGUGUGUGUGUGUGCGUGUGUGUGUGUGGCCAUGGCAGCUGUUGGGGUUUCCUUUGUACAUACAUUGUGAUAAAUUGUGGAGGAUACAUGACGACCAAAGUCACAGGGGGUGGGGCAAUGCAUGUGACACCUUAUUAAACCGUCUUAUUAAAUGCUAGUUCAGAGCGUCCGUCUUUAGGUAAUCACAAUCUCCGCCGUGUUUCUCUU